AUGGGUGAGUUUCGUGGCACAGGCAAUAAAGAUGAUGCUAAAUGUGGCAAGGAUUGUUCAACUGAUUCGUACAUGGACAAUUCGUCCAAUACAAAUGAUGAUGACUAUGCUGAAUGUUCCUUGGGAGACCACAAUAAAUCUCAGCCUAAUGAUCCUAGUAGCAGUCACAAUGUGUUCCACAGCGUUGAGGAAGAUAAUGUAGCUCUAGAUGAGUACUGGAAUAUAGUUCAAAUGAAUUUUCAGACUGAAGAUGAAUGUUACAACUUCUACAAUAGUUAUGCUAAAAGGAAAGGUUUUAGUGAGGGGAUUCGAGAUCCUAGUUUGGUAAAACCUGAGGAUCGUGCAAGAAGGGAAAGAGCGUUGACUCGAAUGGAAUGCGCUGCUAGUCUUAGCAUCAAGCUUGAUAAGAAACGUGGUAUCUGGUUUGUAGACAAUUUUAUUGAUGACCAUAACCACCCAUUGACGAGCCACGACGAAACUCCAUUUCUUCGGUCUCAUAGGAAAAUUAAGGACUUCCAAAAAUCUGAAAUACAUUCACUAGAAUCUAUUGGUAUUCGGAAAAAUGUCAUAAUGAAGGUCAUGAAGUGCAAGUAUGGAGGAUACGAUAAGGUGGGAUUUGUCAAAAAGGACUUGUACAAUUAUUCAUCAAGGUAUAAGAGGUCUAGAAUUUUGGAAGGUGAUGCAAGUGCAACUUUAGAACUUAUGAAGAAAAGGCGGGACAAGGAUCCUGGUUUUUUCUAUGAGUACCAAGUUGAUGAUGAAGGUCGUCUGAAAAAUCUGUUUUGGUGUGAUGCUCAGUCUCGCAUGGACUAUCAAUCGUUCGGUGAUGUUGUGUUUGAUAGCACACAAAGGAUGAACAAAUAUAACAUGCCAUUUAUUCCCUUUGUUGGGCUCAACCACCAUCGUCAAACCACUAUUUUUGCCUGUGGUAUUGUGUCCGACGAGUGUGUUGAAUCUUAUACUUGGUUUCUUCAGGUGUUCUUGAGAGCAAUGUGCCAGCAGAAACCAAGGUCUAUAAUAACGGACAGCGAUAAUGCAAUGAUGAAAGCAAUCCGCCAAGUGCUCCCAGAUACCGACCAUCGUGUAUGCUCGUGGCAUAUCGAGAGAGGUAUCAAUAAGCACCUCCAUUUCUCACAAAUAAAGAUAUUCAGGUCCUUUAUAUAUGAUGCCUGCUCACAUGCUGAAUUUGAAGAAAAGUGGAGUAGUUUUGUUUUAAAGUACAGAACCUCUAGAAACAAGGGUUGGUUGAAAAGGAUGUAUAGAAAGAGGAAAUUGUGGGCAGCUGCUUUCUUGACUAACACAUAUUUUUUGGGCAUGAAAAGCAACCAGAGGAGUGAGAGCUUGAAUUCAUGCCUUCAUAGGCAUCUAGACUAUUACAUGUCUUUGCUUGAUUUAGUAGAGCAUUAUGAGGUAUGUGUUUCUGAAUUGCGUGAAAAAGAGGCUGAGUUUGAUUCGAAAGCAUCUCAAUCAUGGCCUGCUACUAUCACUGAUAGUCCUGAAAUCGAAGAAUCUGCAGGGCAUAUUUUCACAUCUGCAAAUUUUGAUCUAGUUCAAAAGGAGCUUCAGAAGUUAGAUGGUCUCCAUGUUGAUGUAGUACAAGAUGGUAAGGGUGAGAGGUACAUGGUGACAUCUGAGCAAAAAAGUGCGAGAAAAUGCUAUGUUGAUUACACUCGCAUUGGAGGAAACCAUGAUAUUAGGUGCAGUUGCCGAAAGAUGGAGCGUGAAGGGAUCCCUUGCAAGCAUAUUCUCUCGGUAUUGAAGCAUCUGGAGGUGAAGGUGAAGGAAAUCCCAAAGUGUUGUGUGCUGCAGCGCCUAUCGAAGAAUGCAAAAGCCGAUCUUCCUUCUGUUCGAAAAAGUGAUUUGCAUGUUUGGACAGAGAAACAAAAGAAUUAUUAUGAAUUGAAUGCUCGAGGGUCCGAACUUUUUGACUUGGCAUCUAAUAGUUGUGAGUUGUUUGGGGAGGUGAAAGAAUACAUGGAGAGUCAACUAUCAAAAAUAAGUUCUUCUAAUGCAGCAACCAAGAAGCACACGCAUGUUGACGAGGUUGGUGAAACAUCACAUAGGCCUGAAGGUUCUGUUUUAGAUCCCAUCUGUGUAGCCACCAAGGGUGCACCUAGGAGCAUGAAAGGAUGGGAUGAGCAUCGGCCAAGAUUGUGCAGUCGUUGUCGCCAACCAGGCCAUGACAUUCGCCGUUGUCCAGAGGAGACUCUUCGGGUGAAAGAUGAGGAGUUGCAGAAUUUGGCCAACAAUAUUCGUGCUCAGGAUGCUACAAUUAAGGAAAUAGCAGAUAAAUUAACACAGACUGCAGAGGCUGCGGAAGCUGCUGCUUCUGCAGCUCAUACGAUGGAUGAACAUAGAAUACUUCUAUGUUCAGAGAUUGAGCGCCUAAGACAUUACAAGCAAUAG